AUGACAAUCUACGCAUUACUGGGUGGAGGCAGUGCCUUGAUGGUGCUUGCGCGUGCUGUGGCGGUGGCUACUGCUGGACUCUGUGCUUCUCGGGAGCUAUUUCGUCUGCUUACACGUACUUUGCUGUAUGUACCAUUAAGAUUCUUCGACGCUAACCCGAUCGGACGGAUUCUGGAUCGGUUUGAAGGAGACAUUUCUGCAGUGGAAAUUGACAUUCCAUUGGACAUCGGAAGUCUAUUGGUGGCAGGCUUCUUCACAUUUUGCCACCUUGUGAACGCAAUGG